AUGAAAAAUUUAUACAUUGUCGCAUUGUUGAGUAUUUCACUUCUUUCAUUAUAAUUGUACAAUUCUGAACAAUAGACAGAUGAAUACUCCAAAUGGAAAUAACACCAUCAAAAAUUAUACUAAGGAGUUGAGGACACCUACAGAAAAUAAAUAUUCCACCAGAAUUUAUAAAUUGUCAAUGACCACAAUGCCAGAUAUAAUCAAGGAUUAGAAAACUUCGAAAUUGAAGCCAACUAAUUUGCUGACUUAACUUUUGAUGAAUUCUCAUCUCUUUAUUUAUAUUCGUCAUAUCCAGAUUAGGAAUAUAUAAACAACUCAUUUGAGAAAACAACCAAGAAAUAGAAAAAAACAAUUAAGGCCGAUUUACCCGAUCAUUAUGAUUGGUCAACAACUAUAUAGGGUUAUUCUUAACCAUACGAUCAAUAGAAAUGUCUAGGAUCUUGGGCCUUUGCUGUGGCUGGCUCUAUUGAAGGCGCCAGGUAUCUUGGAGGGUAUGAAUAAAUCUCACCUCAAUAUUUGAUAAAUUGUGUUUAUUAAGUUAACCCUUGUUUAGAAGGAGGAGUAAAAAGUACUUGGGAUUGGGUCACUAAUAAUGAAAAUUAUAUAGAUUUAUAUACAUCUGUUCCUUAUACUGGAACAAAAGCAGCUUGUGUAGAAUCUAAGGACAAUAUCUAGUUGUUAAAUGGUUAUGAGAUGAUCAAUCAAGAUUCAUUUGUUGAAGACUCAGAUUAUUAUUAAGCAUUAUCAGAAAAUAUAGUUGUCUCACCAGUUUCAGUUUCAAGCAUUUAUUUCUAAUUAUAUAAGCAAGGUGUUUAUGACAAACCUUGCGGAGACAGUUUGAAUUAUGAUGCCUUAGUUGUAGGAUAUGAUGCCAGAACAGAUUAAGGCUACCCAGCAUAUUAUAAAUUAAAGAUGUCUUGGAGUUCUGCUUUUGGAGAAUAAGGAUAUAUUAAAAUCGCCAUGGCAAACAAAUGUAUCUAUGCUAAAUAAUCAUUUGCAAACAGAGUUUGAGAUUAUACAUCAAUAGCAAUUUCCAUAAUUCAUAAAUACAUA